GCCGCGGCGGGGGCGUCGCCGCCAUGGGGGAGCUGUUCCGCAGCGAGGAGAUGACCCUGGCCCAGCUCUUCCUGCAGUCCGAGGCCGCCUACUGCUGCGUGAGCGAGCUGGGCGAGCUGGGCAAGGUCCAGUUCCGCGACCUCAACCCGGACGUGAACGUCUUCCAGCGCAAGUUCGUCAAUGAAGUGCGGCGCUGCGAGGAGAUGGACCGAAAGCUGCGGUUUGUGGAGAAGGAGAUUAAAAAGGCAAAUAUUCCCAUCAUGGACACUGGUGAAAACCCAGAGGUACCAUUUCCCCGUGACAUGAUUGACUUGGAGGCAAACUUUGAGAAAAUUGAAAAUGAGCUUAAAGAAAUCAACACAAACCAGGAAGCUCUGAAGAGGAACUUCUUGGAGUUGACAGAGUUAAAAUUUAUACUGCGCAAAACUCAACAGUUCUUCGAUGAGAUGGCGGAUCCAGACCUGUUGGAGGAAUCCUCUUCACUCUUGGAGCCGAGCGAGAUGGGAAGAGGUGCCCCGCUACGGCUCGGGUUCGUGGCUGGUGUGAUCAACCGCGAGCGGAUUCCUACGUUUGAGCGCAUGCUGUGGCGCGUGUGCCGAGGCAACGUGUUCCUGCGUCAAGCAGAAAUUGAAAACCCCCUGGAGGAUCCUGUAACGGGGGAUCAUGUGCACAAGUCUGUGUUUAUCAUCUUUUUCCAAGGUGACCAACUGAAAAAUAGAGUCAAGAAGAUCUGUGAAGGAUUCCGGGCCUCCCUCUAUCCCUGCCCAGAAACACCACAGGAGCGGAAGGAAAUGGCUUCUGGUGUCAAUACCAGGAUUGAUGAUCUUCAGAUGGUGCUGAACCAAACGGAAGAUCAUCGCCAAAGGGUUCUGCAAGCAGCUGCCAAAAAUAUCCGUGUCUGGUUCAUCAAAGUGCGCAAAAUGAAGGCCAUCUACCAUACCCUGAAUCUGUGCAACAUUGAUGUGACUCAGAAGUGCCUGAUUGCUGAAGUGUGGUGUCCCGUUGCUGACCUUGACUCUAUCCAGUUUGCUCUCAGAAGAGGCACUGAACACAGCGGAUCUACUGUCCCAUCUAUUUUAAACAGGAUGCAAACCAAUCAGACCCCACCAACAUAUAACAAAACUAACAAGUUUACUUCUGGCUUUCAAAAUAUAGUGGAUGCUUAUGGCAUUGGAACGUACCGUGAGAUAAAUCCAGCACCAUACACAAUCAUUACGUUCCCAUUUCUGUUUGCUGUGAUGUUUGGAGACUUCGGCCAUGGAAUCCUGAUGACCCUGUUUGCUAUCUGGAUGGUAUUUAGGGAAAGUCGUAUUCUGUCACAGAAAAGUGACAAUGAGAUGUUCAACACUGUUUUUAGUGGCCGGUACAUCAUUCUGCUAAUGGGACUGUUCUCCACUUACACGGGCCUCAUCUACAACGACUGCUUCUCCAAGUCUCUCAACAUGUUUGGUUCGUCGUGGAGUGUCCGACCGAUGUUCGCAAGCAAUUGGACUGAGGAACUUCUUGAGACUGCCCCUCUGCUCCAGCUGGACCCUGCUGUUCCAGGGGUGUUUGGUGGGCCCUAUCCCUUUGGCAUUGACCCAAUUUGGAAUAUUGCCAGCAAUAAGCUGGCCUUCCUCAAUUCCUUUAAGAUGAAAAUGUCUGUGAUUCUUGGCAUUAUCCACAUGCUCUUUGGUGUCACCUUGAGUCUUCUCAACCACAUAUACUUCAAGAAGCCAUUGAAUAUCUACCUUGGAUUUAUUCCAGAAAUUAUUUUCAUGUCAUCACUAUUUGGAUACCUUGUUAUUCUCAUUUUCUACAAAUGGACAGCCUAUGAUGCCCGCACAUCGAGGGAUGCACCAAGCCUUUUAAUACAUUUUAUCAACAUGUUUCUGUUCUCCUAUAGUGAUCCCAGCAUCAAGAUGCUUUAUAAAGGGCAGAAAGGGCUGCAGUGUUUCCUCGUGGUGGUGGCGUUACUGUGUGUGCCGUGGAUGCUGGUAGCUAAACCCCUGGUCCUUCGCCAUCAGUAUUUAAGGAGAAAGCACUUGGAAGGGCAACCCGUGGAGGCCCAAGUCAGCACAGUCCCGAGCGAGCAGGCACUAGAGGCAGCAGCGGCUGCAACAGGAACACACAACUUUGGUGGGAUCCGGGUGGGCAAUGGACCAACUGAGGAGGAUGCUGAGAUCAUUCAACAUGACCAGUUAUCUACCCAUUCUGAGGAAGGGGAAGAGCCUACAGAGGAUGAGGUGUUUGACUUUGCUGAUACUGUGGUAUACCAGGCUAUCCACACCAUCGAAUACUGCCUGGGGUGCAUUUCAAACACUGCAUCCUACUUGAGGCUCUGGGCCCUCAGCUUAGCCCACGCACAGCUCUCGGAGGUGCUGUGGACCAUGGUGAUCCACGUGGGCCUCAGCGUGAGGAGCCUGGGUGGAGGCUUUGGCCUCUUCUUCAUAUUUGCUGCCUUUGCUACCCUGACAGUAGCAAUUCUUCUGGUCAUGGAGGGCUUGUCUGCUUUUCUCCAUGCUCUUCGCUUGCACUGGAUUGAAUUCCAAAACAAGUUCUACACUGGCACUGGAUUCAAGUUUCUCCCGUUCUCGUUCGAUACCAUCCGCGAAGGAAAGUUCGACGACUAGAGCUGCCCCCGGGCGCGCAGUG